AUGCAUAACCAUGGAUAUAAAGAUAGGAAUCAGUUUGUGAUCGAUGACUUUCCUCUUCUCAUCUAUUCAACAUCUGUUCACCAUAGCACGCAACUCGUUGCGUACGCAGCCGCUAUCACAAAUCUGACUAUUGCCGCAAUCGAAGAUGCAAGUAAUAUUGGCGUCACAACUGCCAAUAUUACAGGCACUGUUCCUCAACCAACCGAAUGGUUUAUUGGCGCAUUUUGUGGUGAGAUUCCUUCAGUUUAUGGAAAGACUUACGAAGAACUCAAAUCACAUAUCGACACGAUCGAAGAGGAAAGUUUCUUGGCUGGAGAAAUAUGGGCUACGACUCUAGUACUAUGUCCCUUUGGUGGUGAUACAAAGAAUCCGAUUUUGUUCAUCAGCAAUACCCUCGAUCCAGCCACCCCUAUUGCGAAGGAAGUUCACUCCUAUUCUCUGACAUUGUUGCAAAAGUUCAAAGAUGCUCAAAUCCUCACAAUAGAAGCUAUCGGUCAUACUUCGAUGGCGGCCAACAAUUCUUGUGCAAAUGAGAAGAUAUAUCAUUCUUUUCAAACUGGUAAUCUUCCAGGCCAUGGUGCAAGAUGUGUUGUAGAAGCUGGGCCUUUUGGGAUUACUCCUGAGAGUUUGGUGGUUAUUAUGGAAGAUGAUUUCUCCAUUUCAAGUUUUCAAAAAUGGGGAAAGGAGGAAAAGCAAUGA